GCCAGACUGACGGCAGCAGACUGCUCAAUUACGUUGUCUUUUCGUGUAAAGGAAGAGAGGAGAGAGGGGGAGAGGGGAGAGGAAGAGCGAGGGACAGUCCGAGAGAGAGGAAGAGAGCAAGAGCAAGGGGCAGGCAGAGACGCCACGGCCAUGUGAGGGAGAGCAGAGCAGUGCUACCUGAGGACUGGUGGGAAUGGACGGGCAGGUGACACACAGGCUGGAGGAGUACCUGCAGCCCUCAGAGGAUGGGGAUGAACGCGUCAACAUACCCGUGGAGGAAAUGAAGGCCUAUUACAGGCUCUCACAGGCCCUUAACUGGCUGCACGAUGAUGUCCUGCAGCAGGAGAGCAGUCCCAUCCGUGCUGAGGACAUUGGCCCUGACCUCAGGAAGCAGUUUGCCUUCCUUCCAGGAGGCCGGAGCCACAGUGGCAGCCCCAUCAUUGUGUUCCCAGAGUUCCCAGCCUUCAGCGAGCUCUCCGAGUGCGAGUUCCACAAUGUGCUGACCUACCUGACCAGCGUACCCAGCCUCACUGCUGCAGCGGUUGGCUUCGUCCUGGUCAUCGACCGCCGACUGGACAAAUGGACAUCUGUGAAGGGGACCCUGCUGCGGAUUGCGACCUCAUUCCCAGGGAAUCUACAGCUGGUACUGGUGCUGCGCCCCACAAGUUUGUUCCACCGCACCUUUUCGGAUAUUUAUUUCAAGCUCAACAAGGAUGACUUCAAGAUGAAGGUUCCGGUGAUCAUGCUGAGCUCGGUCACUGAGCUCCACAGCUACAUCAACCGGACCCAGUUGACACAGGAGCUGGGCGGAACCCAGGAGUACUGUCAUGAGAAGUGGAUAUCGCACCGAACUGCCAUUGAGGGCUUUGCUCUGAUGGUUAAAAAGACUGCCCAGGCGCUGCAGUCCUUUGGGACAGAACUGGCGGAAACUGAGCUUCCUAAUGACAUCCAGGCCACCAACAGCCUCCUGGAAAGCCACACAGAGAAGAAAGACAGAAUGAAGGAGGAUCUCAUGGAUGCCCUGAGCCAGGGGAACACACUGCUGGAGAGCAUCAAUGAGCCACUGGUGAGGGACCCAGAUUACAGAAUGAACCAGGAUGAGCUGGAGAACCUGUCCACAGUGCAGAGACUGCUUUCGCAGCUAGAUGAGACAGAGGCGGCAUUUGACGAGUUCUGGGGACGCCAUCAGACCAGGCUGGAAGAGUGUCUGCAGCUUCGACAUUUCGAACACAGCUUCCGGGAGGUUCGUGCCCAACUUGACCAGCUGGCAGAGCACCUAAAGUCGCCUUCUCUCUCAGAGGCUGGGCUCAGCCCAGCCCAUUUGGAGCACGCUCUGAGGGACCUCAGGAGCCUUGAGGAGAGAGCAAAUGAGGUUCUGGAGCAAUCCCAGGCAUUGGCCUUUGAGGGUGACCAGCUUGUCCAGAACUCCCACUACGCUGUGGACUCAAUUCUACCCAAGUGCCAUGAGCUGCGUGCCACCAGCGAGGAGCUCAACACCAACCUGAAAGCCAAAAAGGCCCACCUGCUGAAGGCCAUGGAGCUACACCAGAGCCUGGAGAAGGUUGCCAAGUGGUGCGAGGAUGGCAUCUACCUACUGGCUUCCCAACCUGUGGACAAAUGCCAGUCUCAGGAUGGAGCAGAGUCUGCACUGCAAGAGAUAGAGCACUACCUUAGCACAGCUGGACACCACAAUACACUCCUAGACAUCAAUGCCAUUUUGAGGAAUUAUGACUCUGUGCUCAGUCCUGAAUUUAAGGAGCAUGUGGAGAGGGUGUUUCACAAACAGGUGUCCAUGGAGGAGAUGUUUGAGAAGCGCCGCGUCAGUCUCAAGAAGCUGGCAGCAAAGCAGACGCGCCCUGUUCAGCCUGUCGCCCCAAGGCCCGAGGCCUUCAUCAAGUCACCGUUGUCCUCUCCUGUCCGGCUAGGACAUGAGAAAAGCAGAACUGAUGCAAACCCACUGAAUGAAGGCAGCUGCUCAAAGGUGGAGGUCACCCUACGUGGCUCUGGCAAACAGGCCUCUCUGUCAGAUGAAGAGGAGAAUCUGGCCAUACUGCGGCGACACGUGAUGAAUGAACUGCUGGAGACAGAAAGAGCGUAUGUAGAGGAAUUACUCUGUGUGCUCCAGGGCUAUGCUGCAGAGAUGGACAACCCCACCAUGACACACCUCAUUCCCAGCGUGCUGCUGCACAAGAAGGAGGUCCUCUUUGGGAACAUGUCUGAGAUAUAUCACUUCCACAAGCGGACUUUUCUCAGAGAGUUGGAGACAUACACAGAAUGUCCUGAGCUGGUGGGCUGUUGUUUUCUUCAAAGGAUGACCGACCUACAGAUCUACGAAAAGUACUGUCAGAACAAACCUCGAUCAGAAAGUUUGUGGAGACAGUGCUCUGACUGCGCCUUCUUCCAGGAGUGUCAGAAAAAGCUAGAACAUAAACUGGGGCUGGAUUCCUAUCUCCUGAAACCUGUGCAGAGGAUAACAAAAUACCAGCUCUUACUGAGAGAGAUGCUGAAAUACAGUAGGGGUUGUGAGGGAGAAGAGGACCUGCAGGAGGCACUCGCAGCCAUCCUAGGUAUUCUGAAGGCUGUCAAUGACUCCAUGCACCUGAUCGCUAUCACAGGAUAUGAGGGUAACCUGAGCGACCUGGGCAGGCUGCUGAUGCAAGGCUCAUUCAGUGUGUGGACUGAGCACAAGAAGGGCCACGCCAAGGUGAAGGACCUGGCCCGCUUCAAGCCCAUGCAGAGACACCUCUUCCUGCAUGAGAAGGCCCUGCUCUUCUGCAAGAGGAGGGAGGAGAACGGGGAGGGCUACGAGAAGGCCCCUUCCUACAGCUUCAAGCACUCCCUCAGCAUGAGUGCUGUGGGCAUCACAGAAAAUGCAAAAGGAGACAACAAGAAGUUUGAGAUCUGGUGCAACUCUCGAGAGGAGGUCUACAUCGUUCAGGCCCCAACGGCUGACGUUAAAACAGCAUGGGUGAAUGAAAUCCGUAAGGUACUAACCAGGCAGCUGAAAGCUUGCAGGGAGGCCAGCCAGCAAAGGCUUUCAGACCAGAUGCUUCAGUUCUCUGUGAUAAACCCUGCACCUGUUAGCGUCAGCCCAUUAAAAAAUUGUCAGAAGAACACAAAGAAGGGAGAGGAAAGGAGGGCUGAGCCUAGCAGCCCAGAUCCCAACCCCUCGAACUCCCCAACCAGCACAGACAAGGGCAGAGAUGAGACCGUCACAAGCCCCACCAAUGACAGGGCCGCUGUGGCUAAAAAACGCUUUACUUUGCAGGGCUUUAGCAACCUGAAGAGUCAGAAAGGAUCUCCUACUAGCCCAGGCAACAAACACAAACGCCAUGAAAUUAAAAGUGACCCUACUCCAUUUGGCUUCAGAGGGUGGCCCAAGCCCUCGCUCUCAACAGAACCCUCAGAGGAGAAUGAUGACUACUCAAGUACCGAGGACCCCCUGAACUCUGACCCCGAGGAUGAAGGAGGAAAGAAACUUUCUCGAGGCAAGUACACUGUGGUGGCUGACUGUGACAGGGGACAGCCCCAAGAUCUGUUCGUGAAGAUCGGGGACAUGGUGCAGCUGAUCAAGGAGGGAACUGAUGGACAAUGGCUUGUGCGUAACCUAACAAGCAACAGAGAAGUCUGGGUCCCAGCUGCUAACCUGCUGUCUCUUAGGCAGUCCAAGUCCCUGCAGUCCCUCAGUAGUUCAGAGGGUUCCGGAAACCUCAGUACCUCCUCCAGCUGUAGCGAGACCUGCGCCAGCUUCUCCGAUAUCAAAGCCUAAGGCUCUCACCAGCGCUGACAUGUGGCUCCACCAAGGGCCCGGCCACUGUUCCUUUCAGCUACUCCUCCUUCAAAUUCAAGACCAAGUGACAUGGAAUUCACCGGGCUUCCUUGCACAUUAGCAGGUACAUACUGUACUUGGCGGCAGCAUGGAAAGGAUCCAGACAGUGGCAGUGCUGUAAGAGACUUCGGCCCAGAUGUCACUCCCUCCAAGCUACGAAGAGACGCACAGCACUCAAAGCACAAUACAGUCAGCGCUCCUGAGGCUCUUUACAUCACACAGAGAUACAUCUGUUAGCUGCAUGAGUCCAGAUGAUUCCCAGACUGAGCAAAAGGAUCACUGACUCAUGUUCCAGAAUGAAGACCACUUUUCCCAAUGUAUAUAUUGUACUGCGUUACCAGCAAGGGUGCUGGUCUGCAUUGACAGGUCCGUUGAAGAACAGUCUCCCAUAAUGAUGUUAUCCUUUUCACGGAGAAACACUGAUUGUGUUUUAGGAAAGGCCAGCUUUACUGACGAGGCAGAAACGGUGCGUGAGAAACUUGUAUAUAGCUAACUUAUUUCUUGUGAGAGGCUAAGUAUGCAUACAAAAAAAUGUUAUACAUUUUUGUUUCAUAAAAUGUAAAUAUAUGUUCAUAGAACCAUAGGAAAGUCUAUCGGGAAACUGAGCUUUAUUUAUCUGUCUGAUUUUCUGUGUUGGGCUAACAGACCCGGUGUAUAACAUCUGUUUCACAGCAAUAUAAAGACAGAACUGCUCUUUAUAAUUUCACGCCAGGAUAUUUACCCCGUCUUUGUGGUCUCAUACCACAAAACCUAGGUCUCCUCACCCUUUUACUGCAUUACACAUGGUAUUCCGAUAUCUCAAUUUUCAGCUCAUAAUGCUCAUGUUUCACUGCCCAAAUCUGUGGUUUUACUGAUACAUACAUGCUGUGCUUGAUACAGAAGCAUAUAUUUAUUUCAUAUGUGAAUAUAGGGUGCAUUUCACAGAUUUGCUCUUGUUAAGUCUCUUCCCAAGCCGCGCGCUGUUAUCGGAUCAGUGUUGGAGAUUAAAACUGUGCGGAUCUUUUCAUUCAUUGCUCAUCCUAUCAGUUCCUGCCUGC